AAGAAGAUAAAAGGAAAAGGAGGACUCAAGAGAGAGAAAGAGAGAUGGAUAGAUAGAGAGAGAGCUAAAGAUCCAGAGUGCGAAUAAGUAAACGAAAUGUCUUUAUCUCUCUUCCCCUUCCCUUUAGAUUUCCUCUCAUCUACUCUCUGGUUCUCUUGAUUAUUUAAUCCUAUUUUUUCUCUUUCUUUUUUUCGUUCUCCAUCUUCUCCUCAACCCAUCAAUCCUCUCUAUUCCCUUCCCAACCUCGUUAGCCGUCGUAAUCCGGCAGUAAUUUCCUCCCCGGUAAAGACGUCAUCUGCGUUUGGCGAUCCAAAUCGAAUCGACUUGUCUGAUUUCAAGCUGACGGCAUCUUCGUUUGUUGAUGUCAGUAUCGUCUUGAACGCUUCAAAUUUUGAUCGGGAAUUCGUCCGAUUCCCCUUUGGAAUUAUUUAUUUAUAUCGUUUUUGUAAUUCUUUCCAACGGACCGAUGUAUUUCGUUUCUCUGGAUAGUCCAGUCGACAGCAACGUGAGAGAGCAGAACCGAUUUCGGCAGAAGAUCCGGAGGUUCCGCUUUUAAAAGAGCUGAAAUUUGGCAUUAACUUUCAUGAGAGAUCUGAUUACUUUCGAUCUGACGCUGAAGUAUGAUGACGGAGGGAUUGAAUAGAGCGAUGGACAGAUGGAUUCACGUAUGCUGAAUUAUGGUGCCUCGCAGCUCGGGCCUUAUUUUAUGGUUCUCAGCAUCGAUAGGAUCCAAUAGCUACCGUGUCAUUGAUCAGCUCUACUUCCGAGAGUCUUGCCAGAUGCUCGCUGCCAGGACCCUGAGGAUUUGCCGAUAUGCUUCUUGAAGCCGCUGAGUCGAAGAGACUAUUUGAUCUCAAUCUGCCGUGCUUGAUGCCGGACAAAUUUUGCUCUGAUUUUGUCGAGAUAACAGAAGACGUAGUUUUGGAGAUGGGAUCUGAGAUAGGAAAUUCCGAUGGUCGUCGCUGCCAACAUUGCCGAUGUACUGCCGAGUCGUGCGAUUCUUUUCUUCCCGGUCUUCAUGAUGACAUUGUUCUGACCUGUCUUGCCUGGGCACGCCGAUCAGAUUAUGCGUCGCUCGCUUGCCUCAACAGGAGAUUCAAUUCCUUGAUAGCAAGCGGCUCCCUCUAUGGAUUGCGGAAGCAGAUGGGCAUCGCCGAGCACUGGGUCUACUUGGUCUGUGACCCUCGGGGGUGGGAAGCUUUCGACCCCAUGAGAAAGAAAUGGAUGAGACUACCUAAGAUCCCUUGUGAUGAAUGCUUCAAUCAUGCAGACAAGGAGUCCUUAGCUGUGGGUAGUGAACUACUGGUUUUUGGCCGAGAGUUAUUGGAUUUCGCUACCUGGAAGUAUAGUUUGGUUCGUCGGAAUUGGGUCAGGUGUCAGGGGAUGAAUCUCCCUCGAUGCCUGUUCGGUUCGAGUAGCUUUGGUUCGAUUUCCAUUGUCGCAGGAGGGAGUGAUAAGAAAGGGAAGAUAUUGGAAUCUGCUGAGCUCUACGAUUCGGAGACUGGUAGAUGGGAACUGUUACCUAAUAUGCACUCCCCACGUAAGUUGUGCUCUGGGUUUUUCAUGGAUGGGAAGUUCUAUGUGAUAGGUGGGAUGUCAAGUCAUACGGUCUCAUUGACUUGUGGAGAGGAGUAUAAUCUUAAGACGAGGAAAUGGACGAAAAUUGAAGGAAUGUACCCAAAUGUUAAUCAGGUGGCUCAAGCACCGCCGCUUGUGGCAGUGGUGGAUAACCAGCUCUAUGCGGUUGAGCACUCAACCAACAUGGUGAAGAAGUAUGCUAAGGAGAAGAACACCUGGGCUGUCUUGGGAAGGCUCCCUGUCAGAGCUGAUUCUGCGAAUGGUUGGGGCUUGGCUUUUAAGGCAUGUGGGAAGGAACUGCUAGUUGUAGGUGGGCAGAGAGGCCCGGAAGGUGAGGGUAUCGUCUUGAACUCUUGGUGUCCGAAGUCGGGGGUCAAGGAUGGGACCUUGGAGUGGAAGGUGAUCGGUGUGAAGGAGCACGCCGGGGUGUUUGUCUAUAAUUGUGCCGUCAUGGGUUGUUGAGUACUUGUUCUUCAAUUUAUUCAGUCCGAGAGAUUGAACACUGCAAUCUAACGAGGCCUUUUGGCUGCUCUUGAGGCGGCUCCUUCACCUGUGAUCUCAUUGACUACUACUAUCACUGAUUGUCUAGGCACCUUUCGUUGAUUUGAAUAUUCAUUUUACUCUUUGACAAUUCUGUAUUUGGAUAUGGUGCUCAAUUGCAGAUCCCUGUCCCAUAACUUCUAAGGGAAGAUUACUGAUUAGAUACACAAUGGCGCAGUUCUCUGUUUCCUCUGCACAACAGUUUUGUCGUGAGAACAUGAAAAGCAUUAUCGAUUUUGUGAGGUGAGUUUUCUCACUACUGAUGCAUGGUUGUGUUUCAGGAGAACUACUAUUGAUUAGGAACCCAGUGAUACUAUACUGCCUGUCAUACUUCAUCAAGUUCUUUUUUUUCCAAUCCAUGGCCUAUUCCCUGUACCAAGAACUUGGAUAGUGCUAUUAAGUGGGUUGGAAUUUCUCACAAGUGAUGCGCAGUGUUGUGUUUGUCUGAAAAUCCAUCAAGACUGGUUCUCUGCCUUCAGCCUUAUUUUCUUGUUCAUUUUCAACUUUUACUGUAGUCUUGUUGUAAUUGCUUUAGAUAAUUCACUUUGGGGAUUUUCUUAUUGAUAAUUUGUAACCUUAUUUUUUUGCUCCUUUGGCAUAAAACACUUCUUUUGCUAUAGAGAAAAAUUCUGUCA